AUGACAAGUGAAAUGAGAAGACGGGGCUUACAGCGUUCAAGCGAGGAGGAGGAGGUGAGAGACGGCCGAUCAGCCAGCCAGUUGGCCACAAACUUCCAGGCCCAUCUCUCUCUCCCCAUCCAACUUUCGGAGCGAUGCCGUCGAUCAGGAAGGACUGGGUCGAUCGACGAGGCCACAGACAAAUUGGGUCAAUUCGGGUUGUUGUUGUGUCCGGCCUUCCGAUGCUACGGUCAUCAGUUCUGCGCUUCCUGCGAGAAAUGA